AGAUGGCAGACAUCGAAGAGAACAAAAAACCUGAAGAAGGGUCCAAUGCCAAUCAACAAUUAACUGCUUUGAAGACAACCACUCAAAAUGCCCAAGGGGAAGAAAUUGUCACUAUUACAACAACCAACUACGAACAACUGUCUUUCAUUUCCAGAAACGAAUGGAGAAGUAGAGCUAUUGAGUCAAAUAGCUUGCACUUGAGGACAAAGAAUAUCUUUGUUUCAAGUGACGAAAUAAUGGAUGAUGAUAGUACUGUGUAUGUGAUGCCAAAGAAUCUCUUGAGGAAGUUUGUACAGAUUUCUGACUCAAGAAGUCAGAUCGGUGGUUUUAUCUAUGGUAAGUCGCCAGAUCCCAACUCACCAGUCAUAGAAAUUCAAAAAAUUGUUAUGGUCCCUCAAUUAGGUAACACCCAUUCAAUUCAAUUCCCAAACGAAUCUCCAAGUAUCAAUGACAUAGAAUUGCUUGGUUGGAUUCAUACCCAGUCUACAGAUUAUAAAGCACUCACACCCGUGGAUAUCAAUACUAUCUCCAAAUUUGAACGAAACUAUCCUUUCUGGAGUAAAGAUAAAGUGACUUUAACUGUUGCAUUUACUCCUGGGUCUGUGACUUUGUCUUCUUACACAUUGAAUGAGGAAGGUUAUGAGUGGGGCAAGUCAAACAAAGACUUGUUAUCCAUGUCACCACCAGGAUACUCCUCUGCAUUUAGUGUUAAGAAUCAACUAGUUCUUUCUGACCGAAUUGUGGGCUCUUUUAUGGUUCCAGAUGAUAACAUUUGGAAUUUUGCAUUUUUAGGACAACUUUGGAGUGCAAAGAAUGAAUUUGACUUGAAAGUAGACAUUCCAUUGCCUUACUACCAUGAAUUCCAUCGACCAAUUCAUUUCAGUCAAUUCAAUGAAAUUGAAGCUAACCCAUUAGAGGCUGAUCAAGAAGAUAACUUCGAGUGAGCAGGUGUAUAUUAUGUAUAUAUUUUGAAUUUUUCAUAAGUCAUAGUACAAACUAAUUUACCAAUGUCUGACAGAAAUCAAGUGAUCCUCAAUUUGUAUAAGAAGUCUUCUGAAAUCGUUCCUGGGGAUAUUCUCUUUCAAAAGAAUCAAUUCGAGAGAGUUUUUUCCGUUCAUAUACUUCAAUAAACUGAAAAAUAUGACAGUCAAUUCGGGAGAAAGCUUACAUUCUUCUGUGACAACUUUGUUUAUCCACCUUCUCUCCAAUGCAUUUGCUCUAGCCGGGUCAAGAAUAAUUGUAUCUUCAUCAUCUUCUAAGACAAUUUCUGGUCCCUGAUUGAUAUUCUUAAUCCCCAUUACGAUAUCAU